AUGCUGAAAGCUAGAAAGUUACAGACUGAAGUAGUGGAAAGACCAGAUGACUUUACAAUCCCAGCACCAAACCCAAAUGAAAUACUGACCAUUAUCCAACCUUUUGAGUAUUGGAAUGAAGCAAGCAACAAUGAAAGAAAUGUAUUAGUUCUAUUAAAUCAAUCAAUUGAGGGAAUUAAUUUACAGAGGUUAUGGGAUAACACUGAAUUACACAUCUGUGCUGAUGGUGGAGCCAAUCGAUUAUAUGAUUAUUUCGCAAAUGAAUACACUAGAGAAGAUUAUAUACCUCAAUUUAUUGUAGGUGAUUUUGAUUCAAUUCGUAAGGAAGUUAGAUUAUACUAUGCAAAAAGAGGAGCUAAAGUAAUUCCUCAAUUAACUCAAUAUUCAACUGACUUCACUAAAGCUAUGAACACUAUACAAGCGUACUAUUUUUCACCUCAACUGAGACAAGAUUUACAAGUGAUAGAAGAUACCAAUAAUGGAAUUGCUGAAUUAUUAGAAUCACAUAAUGUUUCUAAUCAAAUCAAUCAUAGAAAUAUAAGAGUAUAUAUUCUUAGUGGGAUUGGAGGUAGAUUUGACCAAACCAUUCAUUCAAUAAGUCAAUUAUAUAUCUUAAAUCAAUCAGUACCCUAUUUGCAACUAUUUUUCAUAACUACAUCUGAUAUAAUUUUCUUAAUUCAGAAGGGUAAAAGUCUUAUUAAAUAUCCUUCCAAAGAAAUCAUUCACAUUAAUACCAAUGUUCCAUCAUGUGGAUUAUUACCAUUAGGUAAUACAGAAGUUAUUAUCAGUAGUCUUGGAUUGAAGUAUGAUGUUACAGAUUGGCCUAGUUCAAUGUUAGGAAAUGUUAGCUCAAGUAAUGGAAUCUCUGGGACUGAUGGAGUGAUAUUAGAUGUUUCUGACGCCAUAGUGAUGAAUAUAGAGACGUGUCAUAGUUCAUAG